AUAAGUUUUGGCUCCAACGGUGUAACAAAAAAACUUACAACACAUUUAACCAGAAGACAAGAGAGUAAUAAAUCACUUCUUCUGUCCCUUAUUGAAGGAUUGAGAGCUGCUGCCAGACAAGGACUUCUGUGAUGAGAAAAAACCUGCUUCAAAUGUUGUGAGAAUUUCACUUCAGAACAACAUGACGUUCAUUUCUGUUGAAAAGCUACACUUGGCAUGUUAUUUGUCAGUGGGUCUGCUGAGUCUACCACUGUUGACAGAUUGUACAAAAGUACGGCUGGUGGGAGGUAAACUGUGUUCUGGUAGAGUGGAGGUCUUCUACAUGAACAGCUGGGGGACAGUAUGUGAUGACGAGUGGGGGAUGAGCAAUGCUGAAGUGUUGUGUCGAGAGCUUAAUUGUGGACCAGCUAUCGAAGUCAAAAAAAAGGCCUUCUUUGGACAAGGAAGUAACAGCAUCUGGCUGGAUGAUGUAUGGUGCUCUGGUAGUGAGUCUUCCAUCUUCAACUGUCAACACGAUCGUCUAGGAGAUCACGACUGUAACCAUGGAGAAGAUGUUGGUGUUAUCUGUUCAGACAGUGUGAAGCUGGUCAAUGGAAGUAAUCGUUGCAGGGGGAGAGUGGAACUGUACCACAAUAGUCAGUGGAGACGAGUGUGUGAUAGCGGCUGGGGUAAGGAAGAAGCUGAUCUAGCCUGCAGAUUGGCCGAAUGUGGCUCUUCGGUGGAUCAGAGUGAAGUGUUAGAUUUUGGAGAGGCACAUGGGUUGUCUGGAGUCAAAGCCAACUGUUCAGGAAAUGAGCAGUCUCUCUUUGAAUGCAGUCUUCAGGAAUUUCAGGAAAGCUGUGUUGAUGCCACUGUUGUCUGCUCAAAUGCUAAACCAAUUCGAUUGGUCGGUGGGAAUAAUCGAUGCGCGGGUCGAGUGGAGAUCUACGCUAUGGAAGAAUGGGGAACAGUUUGUGAUGACGGAUGGGGGUUUGAAGAAGCGACGGUUGCAUGCCGACAAAUGAAUUGUGGGAAUGCUCUGAGUGCAAAAUCCGGUGCCUUUUUUGGCAGAGGUGGAGGAAGAAUUUUGAUUGAUGACAUUAACUGCAUUGGUAACGAGACAUCCCUUUUUGACUGCCGUCAUAGAGGCUUCGGUAUCCAUUUCUGUAGCCACAGUGAAGAUGCUGGGGUUAUAUGCACAGGAUCAAUCAGAUCCAAUGGCGGGACUGACCGCUGCUCUGGCAGAUUGGAGGUGUCCCGUGGUGGCAGAUGGGGGAAAGUCUGUAACAAUAACUGGGGCCCACGUGAAGAAAAGAUGCUGUGUUACGAACUCUCCUGUGGAGCUCCUAUCAAAACACAUGACACACCAAUCUACAGAGAAAACAGUGGACAAAGGAGUUAUUUGAGUAACUGCUCUGUGGAUGUGAACUCAAUCACAAACUGUACAUUUACAGAAAACCCAGAGAGGUGUGAGGGUGUUUCUCUGUCCUGUAAAGGUACUCCAUUAAGGAUUGUGAACGGCACUGAUCGAUGCUCUGGCAGAGUGGAGGUUGUGCACAGUGGUGAGUGGGGAACAGUGACUGAUGAAUGGUGGGACAUCUUGGAUGCCGACGUCCUGUGCAGAGAAAUGGACUGUGGGAUGGCUUUAGCAGCAAAAUCUGGAGCCUUCUUUGGCGAAGGUCAGGGACGUAUCUGGUUGAAUAGGAUCAACUGUUUGGGUAAUGAGUCUUCCAUUGUGAACUGUGAGCAUUUUUCAUUUGGAUCAAGUGGCUAUGGUCAUAACAAAGAUGCUGGUGUGGUGUGUUCAGCUUCCAUCAGACUGGUCAAUGGGACAGACCGGUGUUCAGGGAGGGUGGAGGUCUACCGAGGUGGCCAUUGGUCACCAGUUCUUAACUUUAACUGGGGAAUAAAUCAAGCUACAGUGCUUUGCAAAGAGAUCAACUGUGGAGAUCCUGUACAGUUUUCAGGAUCACCUUCUCGGGUUGGAGACCUGAGAGGAUAUAAAGUCAGUUGCACUGGUACAGAGAGCUCUCUGACACAGUGCACACUGACAGAAUAUGUCAGGACCAGCAGUGAUCAUAUGAACGAUGCAUCUGUUGUUUGUUCAGGUAUUGUUAAAUUGGCUGGUGGGCCUAACCACUGUGUUGGAAGAGUGGAGCUCUAUGACAAAGGCCAGUGGGGGGCAGUGUGUGGUGACUCCUGGGACAUGUUUGAUGCAGCAGUGGUGUGUCGAGAGCUGAACUGUGGGAUGGCUCACAAAAUCACCACCAUGCCCAAAUAUGGUCAUGGCACAGGACCGGUCUGGACUGAUCAGAUUGACUGCCGUGGACAGGAGUCCAUACUGUCUGUUUGCCCACGAAGUUCAUUUAGCAACAAUACUUGCAACAUCAACUCAGUUGCUGGUGUCACCUGUACAGAGGGUUUGACAGUCCGAUUAGUCAAUGGUAACAAUCGCUGUGCUGGCAGAGUAGAGGUUUUCAGUGGUGGAGUGUGGGGAACAGUAUGUGACACAGAUUGGACCAGGACUAAAGCGAAGGUGGUGUGUGAGCUGUUGGAGUGUGGAAGGUCUGCAAAGGUUCCUGAGGGUGCUGAGUUUCUUCAAGGCACUGGACCAGUGAUGGAAGCAACUGAUUCAUGUUUUACCAAUGUGGCAUCUCUUGAACAAUGCUCAGUCAGAGGUUUCAGAAAUUCAACAUGUGGACAUGAAAAGGACGCUGGUGUUGUUUGUGCAGGUGAUCCAACCUUACGACUGGUCAAUGGUACUGACCGAUGUUCAGGCAGAGUGGAGGUUCUGUAUAAUGGUCUGUGGGGAACAGUGUGUGAUGAUGGCUGGGACAUCAAAGAUGUGGAUGUGGUCUGCAGAGCCAAGAACUGUGGAAGUGCCCAGAAAGCCAAGUCCAGAGCCUUCUUCGGUGAAGGUCAGGGACCCAUUUGGCUGGGUGAUGUCGAAUGUUUUGGUAAUGAGUCCUCCCUUUCACACUGUGGACACAUCUUGCUUGGACGACGUAACUGUGGCCAUAGUGAGGAUGCUGGUGUGGUGUGUUCAGCUUCCAUCAGACUGGUCAAUGGGACAGACCAGUGUUCAGGCAGGGUGGAAGUCUACCAUGAUGACCAGUGGUUACCAGCCCUUAACUUUAACUGGGGAAUAAAUCAAGCUACAGUGCUUUGCAAAGAGAUCAACUGUGGAGAUCCUGUACAGUUUUCAGGAUCAUCUUCUCAGGUUGAAGAACUGAGAGGAUAUAAAGUCAGUUGCACCGGUACAGAGAGCUCCCUGACACAGUGCACACUGACAGAAUAUGUCAGAACCAGCAGUGAUCAUAUGAACGAUGCAUCUGUGGUUUGUUCAGGUACUCUUAAAUUGAGUGGUGGGCCCAACCGCUGUGUUGGAAGAGUGGAGUUGUUUGAGAAUGGACGGUGGGGGACAACAUGUGGCGAUUCCUUGAACAUGAAUAAUGCAGCAGUGGUGUGUCGACAUCUGAAUUGUGGGAUGCUUCAUAAAAUCACGAAAACCCCUCUCUAUGGUACUGGGACAGGACAGGUCUGGACUGAGGAUUAUGUAUGUAAUGGACAGGAGUUAACAAUGUCACAGUGUGCAGUAAGACCAUCUAGAGCCAGGACUUGUAACAUGAACUCAGUUGCUGGUGUCAUCUGCACAGAUGGUUUGACAGUCCGAUUGGUCAAUGGUAAUGAUCAGUGCUCAGGCAGAGUUGAGGUUCGUUAUGGUGAAGUGUGGGGAACAGUGUGUGACUCAGACUGGACCACGAAUAAAGCUCAAGUGGUGUGUGACCUGUUGGACUGUGGACAUGCUUUCAGUGUUCCUGGUGGUGCCCACUUUCAUCAAGGCACUGGACCAGUGAUGGAAGCAACGGAUUCAUGUUUUACUAAUAUGACAUCCCUUGACAAAUGCUCAGCUAACGGUUUCAGAACUUCAACAUGUGGACAUGAGAAGGAUGCUGGUGUUAUUUGUGCAGGUGAUCCAACCUUACGACUGGUCAAUGGUACUGACCGAUGUUCAGGCAGAGUGGAGGUUCUGUAUAAUGGUCUGUGGGGAACAGUGUGUGAUAAUGGCUGGGACAUCAAAGAUGUGGAUGUGGUCUGCAGAGCCAAGAACUGUGGAAGUGCCCAGAAAGCCAAGUCCAGUGCCUUCUUUGGAGUAGGUCAGGGACCCAUUUGGCUGGCUGAUGUCAACUGUUUUGGUAAUGAGUCCUCCCUUUCACACUGUGGACUCAUCUUUUUUGAACGAAGUGACUGUGGCCAUAGUGAGGAUGCUGGUGUGGUGUGUUCAGCAUCCAUCAGACUGGCCAAUGGGACAGACCGGUGUUCAGGCAGGGUGGAGGUCUACCAUGAUGACCAGUGGUUACCAGCCCUUAACUUUAACUGGGGAAUAAAUGAAGCUACAGUGGUUUGCAGAGAGAUGAAUUGUGGAGAUGCUGUACAGUUUUCAGGAUCAUCUUCUCAGGUUGAAGAACUGAGAGGAUAUAAAGUCAGUUGCACCGGUACAGAGAGCUCCCUGACACAGUGCACACUGACAGAAUAUGUCAGAACCAGCAGUGAUCAUAUGAACGAUGCAUCUGUGGUUUGUUCAGGUACUCUUAAAUUGAGUGGUGGGCCCAACCGCUGUGUUGGAAGAGUGGAGUUGUUUGAGAAUGGACGGUGGGGGACAACAUGUGGCGAUUCCUUGAACAUGAAUAAUGCAGCAGUGGUGUGUCGACAUCUGAAUUGUGGGAUGCUUCAUAAAAUCACCACUACGCCUCUCUAUGGUACUGGGACAGGACAGGUCUGGACUGAGGAUUAUGUAUGUAAUGGAUGGGAGUUCACAAUGUCACAGUGUGCAGUAAGACCAUCUAGAGCCAGGACUUGUAACAUGAACUCAAUUGCUGGUGUCAUCUGCACAGAUGGUUUGACAGUCCGAUUGGUCAAUGGUAAUGAUCAGUGCUCAGGCAGAGUUGAGGUUCGUUAUGGUGAAGUGUGGGGAACAGUGUGUGACACAGACUGGACCAUGAAUAAAGCUCAAGUGGUGUGUGAGCUGUUGGACUGUGGACAUGCUGUCAGUGUUCCUGGUGGUGCCCACUUUCAUCAAGGCACUGGACCAGUGAUGGAAGCAACUGAUUCAUGUUUUACUAAUACCACAUCCCUUGACAAAUGCUCAGCUAAAAGUUUAAGAACAUCAACAUGUGGACAUGAGAAGGAUGCUGGUGUUAUUUGUGCAGCACAGAUUCGGUUGGUCAAUGGCGCCAGUGAAUGCUCUGGUAGAGUGGAGAUCUUUCAUAAGGGUCAAUGGGGAACUGUGUGUGAUGAUGACUGGGGUACUCCUGAUGCCAUGGUGGUAUGCAGACAGCUGGGAUGUGGUCAUGCAAUUUAUGCACAUUCUAGUUCCCGCUUUGGGAGAGGCAGCGGUCCAAUAUGGCUGGAUGAUGUGAUGUGUGGAGGUGAAGAACUAUUUCUAACACAUUGUCACCACAAUGGUUUUGGAAAAAAUAACUGUGGGCACGAUGAGGAUGCAGGUGUUACCUGUGUUGGUCGUCUUCAUAAGCCCCGAAUCACUCUGAGUCCUGCUUCAGAGGUAAACUGGGGAGACAGAGUUGAAAUCACCUGCACUAUAGCAACAGCACAAUCAGGUGGGACGUUUGUGUUGGGGAAAAGUCAAGAUUCAUUUCAACUGGAGAGGAACGCUGAAAAUGGAGCUGCAACAUUUCUCCUCCCUAAAGUUGACUUCAGUCAGGCUGGGUCAUACUUCUGUGAAUAUAAGAAGCAAAUGUAUAAUCAAGUGGUUAAUUUUCCUCAAGGGGAUGUUGUUAAGCUCUCUGUUACUGUAAAACUGGAGAAGCCCAGCAUUUCCCUGACGAUGCCUCAUGCAAUGAUAAUUAACAGCCCUGACAAAAAAUUGGUCAACAAAGGCGACAGCUUCUCCAUCAACUGUUCUAUUAAUUCCAUAUAUCCUGGAGGUUACUUCUAUCUGAAAAGGUCUAACAUCAGCACCACUGAAGCUAAACCAGCGUUUGGUCGUGGUUUAGUUUAUGUUGCAUCCUUUGAAUUCCCCUCAGUGGACCAUGAACACCAAGGAGAGUACAGUUGUGUCUAUAGUGUUAAUUUGUCAUCCAAGGCCUUCACGUCUGUUCCAUCAAAAACAAUCCAAGUCACUGUUGUUGGUGGUGUGUCCUCUUCAGUUGUUUCUGGAGUACUGAUUGCCAUUGUGGUGUUGAUACUUCUGCUGGUUAUCGGUUACAUUGUCUGGAGAAAGAAAAGAAGGAGUACUGAUACCACUGUUAGGUUUACCAGCAGAUUUGGAGGAGCAAUAGAACAACUUAUGGGAUACAAUGACAAAGACCACAAUACUCAAGGCAAUGAGCAGCAUGGAGUCAGUCAAGAAGUGGAUGUAGAUGGAGGCCAGGAUGGAUGCCUUGGGAAGAUGGACCAGACCGGCGUCAUGGACAAAUCCACUUACAUACACAUCCAUAACCCCAACCAACAGUUAAGCAAAAUGAGCAAACUCUGCAUUUUCUCGCAACCCAUUGAACAGGAGGACAAGACCAUAAUAUGUAGCAGAACCUCCAGCUGUGUCAGAACAACUGAGAGCUUCUGAGAACAGUCAUUUUUGUGAGGUAAGGAAGCGUCUGUUUCACUGCUUUGAUGUAAACGGUAUACAUUCAAAUUUAGUAGACACUAAGCUUUAAUCUGUGAUGUGAGUUUUUAUUUAUAUGCAACAAAAGAGGUAUUUUAACAGUCCAAAAAUUGAUCUUGAUCAGUUAAAUAUAUAAAUAUACAGACAUUGGUACAAAAACACCUGAAGCAAUAAUUGUACAUUUUGGAUGAAAUACAUGUAGCUAUGUCCCACCUCAC